ACCUUCUGUUUGGUGAUGAAAUAAUUACCAAUGGUUUUCAUUCCUGUGAAAGUGAUGAGGAUGAUAGAGCCUCACAUGCAAGCUCUAGUGACUGGACUCCAAGGCCACGGAUAGGUCCAUAUGCUUUUGUUCAGCAACAUCUCAUGAUUGGCACAGAUCCUCGAACAAUUCUUAAAGAUUUACUACCAGAAACGAUUCCUCCGCCUGAAUGGGAUGAUAUGACACUGUGGCAGAUUGUUAUUAAUAUCCUUUCAGAACCACCAAAAAGGAAAAAAAGAAAAGAUAUUAAUACAAUAGAAGAUGCUGUGAAAUUACUGAAGGAAUGCAAAAAAAUAAUAGUUCUAACUGGAGCUGGGGUUUCUGUUUCUUGUGGAAUACCUGACUUCAGGUCAAGAGAUGGUAUUUAUGCUCGUCUUGCAGUGGACUUCCCAGACCUUCCAGAUCCUCAAGCAAUGUUUGAUAUUGAAUAUUUCAGAAAAGAUCCAAGACCAUUCUUCAAGUUUGCAAAGGAAAUAUAUCCUGGACAAUUCCAGCCAUCUCUCUGUCACAAAUUCAUAGCAUUGUCGGAUAAGGAAGGAAAACUACUUCGCAACUAUACUCAGAACAUAGAUACACUGGAACAGGUUGCAGGAAUCCAAAGGAUAAUUCAGUGUCAUGGUUCAUUUGCAACAGCAUCUUGCCUGAUUUGUAAAUACAAAGUUGACUGUGAAGCUGUACGAGGAGAUAUUUUUAAUCAGGUGGUUCCUCGAUGUCCUAGGUGCCCAGCUGAUGAACCACUUGCUAUUAUGAAACCAGAGAUUGUCUUUUUUGGUGAAAAUUUACCAGAACAAUUUCAUAGAGCCAUGAAGUAUGACAAAGAUGAAGUUGAUCUCCUCAUUGUUAUUGGGUCUUCCCUGAAAGUAAGACCAGUAGCACUAAUUCCAAGUUCCAUACCCCAUGAAGUGCCUCAGAUAUUAAUUAAUAGGGAACCUUUGCCUCAUCUGCAUUUUGACGUGGAGCUUCUUGGAGACUGUGAUGUCAUAAUUAAUGAAUUGUGUCAUAGGUUAGGUGGUGAAUAUGCCAAACUUUGCUGCAACCCUAUAAAGCUUUCAGAAAUUACUGAAAAACCUCCACGAACGCAAAAAGAGCUGGCUCAUUUGUCAGAGUUGCCACCCACACCUCUUAAUAUUUCAGAAGGCUCCAGUUCACCAGAAAGAACUUCACCACCAGAUUCUUCGGUGAUUGUCACACUUUUAGACCAUGCAACGAAGAGUAAUAUUGAUGACCCAGAUGUGUCUGAAUCAAAAGAUUGUAUGGAAGAAAAAUCACAGGCAGUCCAGACUUCUACUAGGAGCAUUGAAAGUGUUACUGAACAGUUGGAGAGUCCGGAUUUGAAGAACAUUAGCUCUAAUACUGGGGAGAAAAAUGAAAGAACUUCAGUAGCUGAAACAGUGAGAAAGUACUGGCCAGCCAAGAUUGCAAAGGAGCAGAUUAGUAAACGGCUUGAUGGUAAUCAAUACCUGUUUUUACCACCAAGUCGUUAUAUUUUCCAUGGUGCUGAAGUAUAUUCAGACUCUGAAGAUGAUGUCUUACCCUCUAGUUCUUGUGGCAGUAAUAGUGAUAGUGGAACCUGCCAGAGUCCAAGUUUAGAAGAACCCCUGGAGGAUGAAAGUGAGAUUGAAGAAUUUUACAAUGGUUUAGAAGAUGAUCCUGAUAUUAAUGAGAGAGCUGGAGGAACUGAAUUUGGAGCUGAUGAAGGUGAUCAAGAGGCAGUCAAUGAAGCUAUAUCUAUGAAACAGGAAGCAACAGACAUUAAUUAUCCAUCAAACAAAUCAUAAUGUAGUAAUUUUCCAGGUACAGGAAUUGUUCCACCAGCAUUAGGAACCUUUAGCAUGUCAAAAUGAAUGUUUACUUGUGAACACGAUAGAACAAAGGAAACCAGAAAGAUCUAAUAUUUAUAGACUGGUAAAAUAGAUUUUUUUUUUCAUAGAUUUUUAACUUCCUUAUUUCUGUACUUGUACACUUAACACUAAUUUUUUUUUUAAAGAAAGGUACUAAGUAUCUUUAACCUGCUCUUGGUCGACUUUUAAAGGUUCAUUUGUAUGAUACAUCCAUAUGUAUAUAUAAUUUUUGUUUAUACAUUUUUGCCUAGUGAGUUUCAGCAUUUUAAAGUUUUCAAAAAGCCAUUGGAAUGUUAAGUUAAUGUAAAGGGAACAGCUUACCUAGACCAAAGAAUGGUAUCUUCAUUUUCAUUUACUAUUUCUUUAUAACAUUGAAUAGUUUGAAAUCCUCAAAUCUCUGUUUUGCUAAACUUUUCUUUAUUAGCACAAUUACCUAUUUUUAAACACUGGCAUUUUCCAAAACUUGUGGCAGCUAACUUUUUAAAAAUCUCAUAACAUGCAAUGUGAGUAGAAGGAAGUCAACAAUAUAUGGGAGAGCACUCAGUUUUCUUUGCUUUUUAAAGUAAGACUUGGUGCUCAAAGUUUCAGGAAUGUUGUAUUGUUCAAAUGAAGAUGGCUUUUGUACUUCUGUGGACAUGUAGAAAUGUCUAUAUUGGCUUAUGAAACUAAUCUGUAAAACAAAUAAAUGCUUUGGAAAUGUUUCAAUUGCUGUAGAAACAAUAGUGCCUGCCUGGGCCCCCUUAGUGUUGAGAGUAUUUCCCAUUGUUGUUUCAAUACCUAUCACUGUGGUAGAGCUUACAUUGAUUCUUUUCCACAAGUAUUAAACUGCCAAGAUGUGAAUAUGCAAGUCUUUAUGAUCUGUAGGAAUGGUAACUUUGGGGAGAGUGUAAUAUGAACUGCUGCUUUUCCACACAUGAGGAGAGUGACAGGUUCCCUGAUUAUGGUUCCAAAGUAAUAAGAUAUUAAUUAUAUAUAACUCGGCCAGUAAAUACAUGUCUCCUGUUGGGAGUAUUUGGUGUAACAAACACCAAACUGCUAGCCUAGUACUAUGAACAUGAUGUAACUUGUAAUAGCAGAAGAGUUAGUGAAUGAAAUUCCUAUUGUGUCUUUGUUUAAAAGCUUAGCCUGCCUUAAAACUAGAGCUCAACUUUCUCAGCUGCAGAAGCUUCUAGCCUUUCAAAAAGUUCAUACUUUAUAAAGUUGCACACUAAACAAUUUUCCAGACUUUUCCCAACAUUACUCCCAAAUUACAAAGUAUUCCUGUGUUGCUUUGGUAUUUAUUACAAUUUUAAAAAAGGGUUUGAAAUACAGCUGUUCUUUAAGCAUAAAAUACCCAGCUAGGACCAUUACUGCUAGAGAAAAAAUUUUAUUGAAUGGCCACUUCCCUACCUAAAAGGUGUCUCAAUCUAUUUUAUUUGGCUACACUAAAGAAUGCAGUAUAUUUAGUUUUUCAUUUGCAUGAUGUAUUUGUGCUAUAGAUGAUAUUUUAAAUUGAAAAUUUUGUUUUAAAUUAUUUUUACAGUGAAGACUGUUUUCAGCUCUUUUUAUAUUGUACAUAGUCUUUUAUGUAAUCUACUGGCAUAUGUUUUGUAGACUGUUUAAUGACUGGAUAUCUUCCAACUUUUGAAAUACAAAACCAGUGUUUUAUACUUGUACACUGUUUUAAAGUCUAUUAAAAUUGUCAUUUGACCUUU